CAUAAUAUAGGUAGGUACAUACUGUAUAAGUACAUCUGCUAACACAAAACGAUUAGAUCGGUUUAAGAACGUACAGUUGUGUGUUAAUAAGAAUUUUUAUCAAUCAUUGAUCAACAAUCGACUCCAUUGGUAUAUUAUUUAAAUAAAAUUCAAGUAAUAAUCUCUUAUUAGCGGUCGUUAUAGUUAUUGUGUUGUGUGAUACACAAAAUGACGUCUACACCUUACGAUGAAGAUGAUAUAGAUCGAUUCUCCGGUAGAAUACAAGAAGUAUUUAAAGACCCAAAAUGCACGGACAUCUAUCUAAAAUAUCUCAGAGAAGUUAAACAAGAAGAAAAGUAUGAGCACGUGUUUAAUCUUUGGAAGAAAGCUAAUGGUACCGAAGAAUAUAGUGACAGUGUAUUUAUAGAUCCAAUUAACAAAGUGGUGCCGUUAUUUGACAAAACUGAUUUUGACAAAUCGAAAAAACAUGAAAAAAUAGCUUGUAUUGUGGAUGAAUGUUGCAGAAUCCUUAAUAGAGAUGCACAUAAAUGUUUUAUUACUUAUUUAAAACAGCAUAAUAAAUAAUAUGUUCAUUUAUUAAAUAAAGUUGCUUUAGCUUUUAA